CUCAGCGUUAAACAUUGAACAUAAACAUUGGUCUUUUAUUAUUGCUUUUUUUUUCCUUCAAUUUGAUUGUUAUCAUAACAACAACAAACAAUCAGUUGAUUAAAAAAAGCAGAGUCUCAGCUCAUCCCAGUUGAUCAAUAAUAUACCUGUGAUACUAUUGUGCUAAUAAUCCAGUUAAUUAACUGGUAAAUCAGUUAAUUGUGUGUAUCUAUCUAGUGAACAACAAUCAACUAAACAACAAUAAUAACCAAAAGUAAACACAACAUAUAAUAAUAAAAGGUUACAUGUUGGUCUCUAGUUACAAUUUAAAUUGUGAUACAUAUUUUACUUUAAUUAAGUAUACUAAUCAUUUGGUUUAAUUAGUUUCUACUGUUAAAUUGUUUCAAGGAUACAAACAAUCAACCAGCAAUUUAACCAACAAGAAAACGUGUUCACUUUAAAUGUGAAAAUUUUUCUCGUUAAUUUGUUUUUUUUUUCAUCUUCCAAUUUGAUUUUGUUUCUUAAUUGUUUCAAUUAUCCCCGAUUGCGGUUGUUAAUUGUUGAGGAAAAACAAAAAUUUAAAUGAAAAAAAUUUAGUGAUUAGUUAAUUUUGUGAAUCCAUUGAAAAUCAGUAAUUUUUAAUUAUUUUGUGUUACAAUUAAAACAAAAUAAACUAAAACUGAUUCUAUUGAUUGUUAUUUGAUCUCUCCUAUCAUACUAAAUGAUUAUGAUGAUUUAAUUGUGCUGAUUAUUAUCAUUAGUUAAUCCAAUGGAUCUUUAUUGUUAUCAACACAAUUAUUAUCUUUGGUUUACAAUUAACUCUCAACAUCAUCAAACUAAUUAUUUCUCACCGUCAGCUGUUUAAAUCUAAUCAUGUUAUCAAUUGAUUAGAUCGUGUCUCUUGUUUUAAAACGUUUUCUAAUUAGUUAAUUGUUGUUAUUUAAAAGUUUUAAUUGUCUAUCGUUUAAUCAACUAUUAAAAUGCUCAAACGAGUCAAUUCACAUUUCAAAGUCCGAAAACCCAAUUUUCUAGAAGUCGGAUUAACACCGGCUCAUCGGAGUAAAAGUUUGACACAAAUUGAUUGUCUUGAACCACCGGCAACCCAAAGGUUGAUGAAAGGUGAUGGACUCGGUGCAAGUGGAAACGUUAAUACCACCGGUGGGAUUUAUGGAGGUGGAGGUAAUGAUUUACCUGGUGUAAGAUCAGGAUCAACUAAUCCAUUAACCGGAACAACAUCAACAACACCAGGUAACAAAUGUGACUCUUCACCUGAAUCAGGUAACCAGAUAUUAAGUGAUCUUCAUUAUUCAAGUGAUCGACUUUUGGUUCCAAAUUAUCAUCAUGCUUCAUCCUUGGGUAUUGAUGAUGAAAUUAAUGAUACAACAUCAUCACAGUCUCACCAUCAUCAAACAACAACAACUUCUUCUUCAUCAAUACUACGAUUUAAACAUCCAUCAUCAUCAUCAACUCCCCAUCAUCACCACCACCACCCACAACAACAACAACAACAACAACAGCAACAACAACAACAACCUCACCACCAUUCACAACACCACCAUUCAACAUCAAUGUUAUCUCAUCAUGACAAUUUAAGCCUUGAUCAAUACAGAGGAGACACAAGACAAGACGAUUAUAUAAUAACAUCAUCUAGAGGGACAAAUCGUAAAGGUUACCUUGAGGAUACUUCAAAUUCAAUUUCUCAUGAUGGUACAUUAAAAGGUUCCAAAGGAAGUAGAGGUCAACUUGCUCGUAGAAGUGGCGGAAUUUUUUCCAAUCCAUUUAAAACUGACCGAGAAAAGAUGGAUCAACUCACAGAGUUACUUAAUCAAUACAAUGUCCAUGGUAUUCCAGAGCAAAUGGGACUAUUAAGUUUCAAAUUUGAUUCUGAUUUAGAUGAUCCUGAAUCAUCAUCCUCCUCUCGUCUCGGAAGGGAUAACAGUAUCAGUGGUAACUCAGCAUUGACCAGUGGCUACAACAACAACAACAAUAACAACAACAAUAGUAAUAAUAACAAUACCAAUAAGCAAACCAAUUAUGAUGAAUCUCUUUACCUUGAAGACCAUUGGAGGUGUAUCGUUUCAAGUUGGGAGUCGAUGCCAAAGAAAUUGCAAAAUCAACAAGAUGCAAUUUGGGAAUUACUUCACACCGAAGUCUUUUACAUUAAACGUCUUAAAGUCAUUUCUGACCUUUUUCUCGCCUGCCUUUGUAACCUCCAAAGCGAAUGCCUUCUCAAUGAUAUCGAUACUGAGAAAAUGUUCUCAAACAUAACGGAAGUAUAUCUUGCGAAUCACUAUUUCUGGAUGAAUCAUCUAUUACCCAUGUUAAAAGCAUCCAGAGAGUCUCAUCAACCUCUCAAUCCAAUCAUCAUGAAAGAUGGCUUUCUAAAAUUUGAAGAUAUAUUCCAUCCGUAUGUUAAAUACUGCCUCGAGCACAGCAAUUGCCUCCAAUAUGUCAAGGAAAAGCACAAAGAGAGUGAACUAUUUAAAGCCUACGUUGUGUGGUGUGAAACUCGUAAAGAUUGUGAUAGAUUACGAUUGAUGGAUCUUCUUGUAAAACCUAUGCAAAGGCUGACAAAGUAUUCACUUCUCCUUAAAGCGAUUCUCAAAAAAACGGAAGCCGAUGACCAGAAAGUUGCCUUAAAGCAAAUGAACGAUUCUGUUGAAAGAUUUGUUUGUCGUGUUGAUGCUUGUCUACGACGUCGUCAUGAUCAAGAACGAUUGGCCUCGAUCGUUAGUCGAAUUGAAAGUUACGAUGCUUUCGAAAGUAGUAAUGAUGAAAUAGAAAAGGUUCUCAAAGAGUUCACUAGAUUGAAUCUUACCUGCCCAAUGCCCGGUUGUCUUAAUCAUCGUAUCCGUCAAUUGUUACUUGAAGGAUCUGGUUUGAAGCUUCGAGAUUCUUAUGCUUCGAGUAAAUUGGAUGUUCACUGUUUCCUGUUUACCGAUGUGCUUUUAAUAUGUAAAUCGGUUGGUCGAAAGGGAGAUAAGGUCAAGGUUAUUAGACAACCUUUCCUUGUUGACCGGAUAGUGACCCAUGAGUUGAAGGAUGGCUCUGGAUUCAUUGUGAUAUAUUUAAAUGAAUUUAAUGUGGCCAGUGCAUUUUUCACACUCUAUACAACUGAAACUCGAACUUGGGUUGAACAUAUUAAACGAUCUCAAGAUCAUUAUCGUGAAGCUAAACAACAAUCUGCCCUUUACACGGCCAAUCAAUCAUCACUUUUGUAUAGAUCAACGGUUGACGGUGAAGAUGAAGAUUCUGAUUUCCCGUCGACCGCACUUUUAGUUACCAAUACCUCACCUCGAUCUUCUCGAUCUUCCCUUAUGCGUUCACAAUCGGGUUCCAUGGAUAUUUCUGAUUCCACCCUGGCCCUUGGUUCCAAUUCAAUGAUUGUUCCCUCAACAACACCCAACCUUUUAUCUCAAAACUUUGGACCUGAUGGUGAACCUUUACCUUCUCGAGCAAUUUCAUUUGAACUUGGUGAACUUCGUAAUCCAAGUAUGACGGUUGAUGAUCUUGAACCUUUUGGUCGUUCACAUUCAAUGGAAACUCGUCCACCACCAAUUUCGGUUACCAUAACAUCACCUCGACCCGAAAGACGAGCAUUUCUACUUCGUGGUGCUGGUUCUGAACGUUCAUAUGAUUCAGUCUAUGGUUCAGGUAUUAAUACCCUUUCGGUUAACGUUCCCUCUCUUCAUGUAAAUAAUAAACAAUUUACUGGUCCGUCUCGGGUCAGUGAAACAUCAAUUCAGGUUCCUGUUCUUAGUAAACAAUCACAAUUUCAACAACAACACCAAACACCAUCGAUUAAGCCUUCAACAUCUCCACCAUCAUCGUCAACAACAAAUUCAUCAUCAACUGCACCUCGCCAACGAUCUGUCUCACCUCGAUCUCUUCAACGGUCACUUCCGAUCUCAUCAUCAGGUUAUCCGGCCGCUAAUAAACCUCCACUGGUCAAGAUGAAAAAUAUAACCGGUCUAAAGGUUCAUUCAGCCCCACCUUCAGAAGGACCCUCGCCAGUUCAUUCAUUUGACUCGGAGGCCGGAAUAGUUGAAGGUUGUUGUCCAGGUUCAUCUUCCUGUGCCUUGGUUGGCGUUGAUACUGUUGAUAGUUACGGAGUACCUUUGGUAACAGCACCAGGAACAACAAUAUCAACAACAACAUCAUCAUCUGGUGGUUACAAUACUAGCAUUAUAUCAAUAGGAGAGAGUAACAGUUUCGAUAGUGGUGGUUAUCAUCGUCAUCAUUCAAGCAUUCACUCACCUGGAGAAGGAUCAACAACAACAAUGAUGAUUAUUAAUGAUCCAAGUGGAGAAUCAGGUGGAUUAAUUGGAGAUGAUGAUUUGGAUACAGUUAAAAGUAGAUUACAUCAGAAGCGAAGUGUUCGUGGUGAGAGACGUUACCAUACAGCAGAUUCAAUUGAGAAUAUUAAAAAGGAAAAAGAUUCAUCGAUUCAUAAGCGACUCUCUUGGAAUUUUGGUCAACAAUCAUCUAGAGGAAGUGGAGGAAGUCAUGGUGGAUGUUCAAAUUCUGGGUCAGCCUGUGGUUCGGGACAGAGUGGAGGUCAUGAUAGAGUUUUAUGUAAUAAACAUUUCAAUAAAUGUCUCUCAUCGGAAUCUGUUUAUACCUCAUCAGGUUUCUCUUCAACAGGAUCAGUUCCUCUCUCAGUGAAUAGCUGUGAAUGUGAACAUUUUGGUUCCGAGGUGUUGAGUCACAUCCAAGAAAUGGAACCUUCCCUGGAAAGUCAACCAAGUCCAACCAUAUCACCAUACGAUGAACAUCAUCAUCAUCAUCAUCACCAACAUUCACAACACUCUACCGACCAUCAUCAUCAUCAUUCUCACCAUCAUCCCCAACAGCAACAACAACAAUCUCAUCAUCACCCUCAAGCUAAUCAAUCAAUUACCAUUAAUGAAAGAAAAGAUCUUAUCGAGAAAAGAGAAAGUUUAUCUUCCUCAUCACCUCACAAAAUAAUCAUCACUCCUGAUCCAAGUAACAAUCAAAUUGGUACUGAUGGUGAAUCGUCAAAAUCGGUUAAUCCUGUAAUUGGACCUUCCGACAUUAAAAUCGAUGUUAGUGAAGUUAAAGAUGGUAUUUCCUCCGUUCAGAUCACUCUAAGUGGUACUAAUAUCGGCAAACCCUCGAAAAGUGACCUAAAAAAGAUGAAAGAAUUUCUUUUAACAAGUUUAGAAGCCUCACAACAACAACACAAAUAGCAAACAAGAAAAAGGAGAAACCAUUUUACUUUUUCCUCGAAAACAUCAAAGUAUUACAUGUUUAUUACCUGUUCAGGUAUAAACAGAACCGGAAGAGAUUCUUGUGAAUUAUUGUAUUACCUUGAUGAUGAUAAUGAUGAUUAUCAUUUGGAUGCAAUGACAAGCCAGGAAAUUGACUGACAAACUUUUACCACCCACUUUCAGUUUCACCUUAAGGAUUGACAGUUACCUUUUCAAAUUACCUGUUUAAUUUUACCUUUAUUUUCAUCGUCAUUAUUAUAAUUACCAGUUGACAAUUAACUUGAUGAUGAUGAUGAUGAGGAUUUACUUAUGAUGAUUUUUUUACAAACAAAUUGAAAAACCAAACAGUUGAUUAACUUAAAGGAUGAAAAUUGAUGUGUCCAAAUAUGAUGACAAUUGUACUGACCCAAAGAGGAUUAAAUUAAAUUGAUAUUAAUCAAAGGAAACUAAUUGUUAAUCAAUAAAUUUGCUUGAUUGUAAACCAAUUGAAACAAUGUUUCCAAAUGUACUA